AUGGAGCACGUCAAAAACGACACAUCUCGGGCUUCGAAAUCAACACAUGCUUCAGGACGUGAGGUUACGGUCAUCUCAACCGCCAUUACCAAAGGCAUCGACGUCCUAAUACCCGGUGAGAACGGCAAGAAACUCUGUCUCCGAUGCUCAGCCGUACGCACGCAGGUCCGCCCAUCGACAUCAACGAAAGGACGUAAAUUCAAACACCGGUGGCAAAGCAUUGAUCCUCUGCUGGAUAAACAACCGGUACGCUCUCCGACUUCAACGGGGAAUGGAAAACCAAGCAGCUAUCUCAAGGCGCUCUUUCAACUGAGUCAGCUUGGCUACCACCGCUAUCCAUCGCAUCCAGCGAAAUCAUUCGUCAGCAUCUCAAAGAAGACUUAUUGCGAGCGGAGGUCGCAACAAGUCGUCGUUUACGUGCGCUGGGUUUCCGACGAGGUUCCAAUCGCGAAGGACUUGAUUCACGUUAUCAAGAAUCGCCAUAGAACACAAUCUCGACGUAGCCAGUAUGGCCAAGCUUAUGAUCUAUAUCAUCGCCAUCCAGCACUUGUCAUUCGCACCCUCAAAGUUCCAGCGAGCUUGAGGCACAUCUAUCUGAACUUCUCGACGACCUCCAAGCCCAAUCACUGGCCCAAAGCUCGAACAUCAAGUAUUCCAGUACAUGGCGGCAAUGGCAGCAGUGGUGUGAAAAAAGCUACAAUUCUCAGUGUGGCUAUUACCCGAACCAAGACGACACUCGUACCAACUCAGUUUAUUCGCCGUCUACCUCUGGAAAUACGGGUGGAGCAAUAA